CUCCGAAUGAACAGAAAUGGGGGAAUGGACCAUACUCGAGAGGCUCCUAGAAGCUGCUGUCCAGCAGCACUCUACUAUGAUAGGAAGGAUCCUACUAACAGUGGUGGUGAUCUUCCGGAUUCUAAUCGUAGCCAUAGUUGGAGAGACAGUUUACGACGACGAGCAAACAAUGUUUGUCUGUAACGCGCUACAGCCUGGCUGUAACCAAGCGUGCUACGACAAGGCCUUCCCAAUCUCACACAUAAGAUACUGGGUGUUUCAAAUCAUCAUGGUCUGCACCCCGAGCCUUUGCUUCAUCACCUAUUCGGUUCAUCAGUCUGCAAAACAGAAGGACCGCCGCUACUCCACCGUGUAUCUCACCGUGGAUAAGGAUCAGGACUUACUGAAGCGAGAGGACAGCAAAAAGAUAAAGAACACGAUCGGGAACGGGGUUCUGCAGAACGCUGAGAACUCUACUAAAGAGGCUGAACCCGAUUGCUUGGAGGUCAAAGAAAUGCCCAAUGCGAGUCUGCGGACUGCCAAGUCCAAAAUGAGGCGCCAGGAGGGCAUCUCUAGGUUUUACAUUAUCCAGGUGGUUUUCAGAAACGCCCUGGAAAUCGGCUUCCUAGUGGGCCAGUACUUCCUGUACGGAUUCAAUGUGCCCGCUGUGUACGAGUGCGACCGGUACCCGUGCAUUAAGGAGGUCGAGUGCUACGUGUCCAGGCCCACGGAGAAAACAGUCUUCCUCGUGUUCAUGUUUGCUGUCAGUGGCUUCUGCGUGGUGCUCAAUCUGGCCGAGCUCAAUCAUCUGGGCUGGAGGAAAAUCAAAACGGCUGUAAGGGGAGUUCAGGCCCGAAAAAAGUCCAUCUACGAGAUCAGAAACAAGGACCUGCCCCGCCUGAGCGUACCGAACUUCGGCCGCACUCAGUCCAGUGACUCGGCCUACGUGUAGUUCUGUAUAUCCAAGACAAGUAUCCAACACACAUGGACGAGAUGGACGACUCUGCUCGCCGCUAUAACGUGUCAUCAGUUAAGGAGUAGGUUUUUAUUUUCUGUUUCCUAGUCCUGUAAGGACGGCGUGGAGGAUGACUGACACGUUUGCGCUGAUGCGACUUUUCUCCGUUCCGUUCGGAGCACAAGGACCGAGUACACCGCGCAUUUACUCUCAUGUGGGCCACUUAGUUGUACUUGAAGAGAGUAAAUGCGUUUUGCACUAGACUAAAAUAAAAAGAACACCCGGGCCACGCACAUCUCUCAUUGUGCCGUUAAAAGCGUUUUUAAGUGAUUUUCCACCGGCUUUCCCCCUCACAUCACCAUCAUCACCACAUUUUACGCACAGCAGUUGACUAAAUCCUCCUCAUUCAGCCUAUAAAAU